AUGGAUUACAGAGGUGAUAGUGACUACUACAAUCAGAGAAAUGGCGGUGGUGGAUACAGGGGAUCAAGGGGUGGUGGAAACAGUGGAUAUAGGGGCGGAAGGGGUGGCCGUGGCUCUGGCUCUGGGGACCAACAGCUGCUGAGUUAUUACGGAAAUGGUAGCAGGCCAGGAAGACAACAGCUUCCACAAAAUUAUUAUGACCAUUAUAAUGAUAACACAGGCAUCGAAGACCCUGGAUAUGCGCCCAGCAUCGGUGGAACAGGAUAUGCUCAGAAUGCAGGCUAUAAUCAAAGUGCUGGUCACGGGUACGGCCAAGCUGGCACGUCGAACUAUCAAGAUAGGAGGUAUAGUGGAGGAAGCUCUAGACCCGGCUCUUCAUACCUGGAAAGGUCGUCAUCUAGUUCGUCUUAUGGAUACAAGGGAAGAGGGAGCCACUCGGGAUCAGUCUCACAUUCGUACCAGCAACAACUGAACUCACAGUCUGCUGGUCAAUACUCUAGAUCACAUUCCCAAUCCCAAGCUCUGCCGCAACAUCGUUCGAAGUCAAGCGCGGCACAAAGCCAUUCUCACUGGGUCGAAAUCCUUCAAAUUAAAGACGAAUCGACGGCAAAGACCCUUGACAUACGACAAAAUGAGCUCGACGCAGUGGACAAGACGCUUCUUGAGCUAAAUCAAGCAAGGCAUAAUCUUGAAAUCAGCUUGAGUCACCUUGAGCGCCAUGCACAGAAUGAGGAUCUUAAUGUACAGAUAACGAAUGAAAAAUUGGAGGAGUUCUCCUACCUCUAG